AUGCCGGCCCCAGCUGCCGAGGGUAAGCCCGCACCGGAGGAGCUGGAGAGGUGUUUGCUGUUAGAAUCACAGCAACAGGAGAGCGGGGACACCCCGACUCCCGGAGGAUGGCAGGAGCGCAGACACGCAAGCAAAACACAGCAACCGUUUCCUCUGGGGGUUCCCAGGCCCAGAGCGCGGCCAGCGGCAGUGGGGCCAGCCGUCCGCCCUGUGAGCUGGAAGCCUGCGGGGCUGAGCUUGGCCAGCAGGCUCCGAGGGAGAAGAGUGACCACUGCGUUCUCGGUUUACGAGCUGCCAGGGCCACUCGCGGGGCUCAUCAGAGACUCUCUGCCUACCUGUCACCCCGAAGUUGAAGCCCCCAAGGCCCCCUGCUUUACAGACACAGAGAUACAAAGAGUGCCCCCAAGGGACCCCUCUGCCCACAGGGAGGACUGUGAGCUCAGCCUGGGCAGGACAAGGCCUGCGGCCCGAGAAGCCCUGACCAGCCUCAGGGCCCGCCGGUGGGUCGGCCGCCACACCGGGGUCCUGUCCGUGCACUUCACCCUCUACAACCCGCCAGCCCGCCUCUUCUCCAGCGUGUCCCUGAGCGCCCAGGUGCUCCCGGCCGGGGGCCUUGUCCUCUCCCCCCUUGUGGAGUCGGUCACCAUCUUCCACAGUGACUCAGCCCCCAGGUACCACCUCGUGCUUCCCCAGCUGGCCUUCCUGGCACUGGCCCUGACCCACCUGUGCCUCCAGCUCUACCGCCUGGCGGAGAAGGGCGUCCGCGGCUACUGGCGAGAACCUGGGAACUGGCUGGAGCUGCCCAUCGCCGGGACGGGCCUCACCUGGUGCGCAGCCUCCGGCCACCUGCUCUCCCUGGCAGGGGAGGCGGCCGACCAGCUGCAGCAGGGGUUUCUGCAGGAGCCUGUGGACCUCAGUCACAUGGCGGCGUGGAGCCAGGUAUGA